AUGCUAACUUCUUCCACCGAAUCACUCCGCCGGUUCUGUCGAAUCGAACAGAAAUCGGCACCCACACAUCUAUUUCCGACAUACCUCAAUCACGAGCAGGGCACCGCAGGCGGGGCCAGCGUUGACUACAAGCUUCCAGAUAUCCCUUCACUGGCUGGUUCGUUUGUUACCGAGACCGAAGAGUUCUGGCAGCGUCUCGAUAAUCUUAGUCAACUUGAGGAAGCAACUCAGCCGACAAUUACACGAAUUCAAUCGCACCCCGAGAUCAGGAUAAGAACGCAGAGUAUUCCUUCCAAGCCAUUCAACAAUCUGAGCAUCGUACCUUCUCCCAAGAUCGAUGUUCAUUCACUAAGAAGCGGCUCACGGACCACAAGAGGUCUUACCUCUGCCAGUCUUCAGACUCUUUACAGGCGAUCGCUUUCCGACAGUGCUGUUGGCAGUCAUCUUACACCGAGUUCCAGACAGCUCGACAGUAUUACUUCACCUCAAGAAGACACGGCCAACGGCCAAUUGGGUUCCAGAGCAAACGAGAUCGAUUCAGAGACGGAGAAUCUCUCCACCGCACCGAACAACCAGUCUUUAAUCUCGAUGUCCGCCUUCCCAGUGCCUGCCACACGGGCUACCACUUCCCGAAUGACAUGGCCCACUGCGGAUUCAAUGUCGUCUUUUUCGUCACGGGCGGGUUCUUCCUCUGGACCAUCACACGCAUCGUUGGCUGCAAUCGAGGAGCGCAGAAGGUUUUCUGAGAGUGGAAUCUUGACAUCUUCGCGUUAUGACGAGCAACCAAGGAAUCCCAACGAGCUGCAACAAGAUCUGUUCAGUCAAACCAGGCUACCAACUGAGCGCGAGCUUGCAGAAGUGGCAGAGUUGACUGUAAUUUCUGAAACGGGAGUUGGCAUUCCGUUUGGAAGUCUAUGGAGAAACCAACGCACUAUUGUCUGCUUUAUUCGACAUUUCUGGUGUCCACUAUGCCAGGAUUACAUGUUUUCCAUUUCCAGAAAUGUUCCUCCAGAGAUUCUGCGAAGCGCCGGAGUUGAGUUAGUUAUCAUCAGCAAUGGCUCGUUCGAGAUGAUCAAAGCAUACCGACAAAUCUUCAAGACAGCCUAUCACGUGUUUACGGACCCCACCCACCAAGUAUACAACGCACUGGGAAUGACGCUUCAAACGCUGGAAAAAGGACCGAAGAGCAGUUAUGUUCGCCACGGAACGCUUAGUGGUAUAGGGAUGGUAGUGGCUAAUGCGGUCAAAGUUGGAAUGCCAGUGUGGAAAGCGGGUGGAGAGAUAUCGCAGCUAGGCGGCGAGUUUAUUCUAGGGCCGGGGUUGACAUGUUCGUGGGCUCAUCGCAUGAAGUACACAAGAAACCACGCCCCCAUUCUCAAGGUCAUUGAAGCCGCAGGGAUAGAUAUGCUCAGCCAUCCAAACCGUGUGGAAAGUCCAACCGAUUCGUUUCUCGGCAUGUCUGAAGCCGAAGAAGUGAAAUGGAUCAACAGUCGCCGAAAAAUGCUUAAGAAUUUGCGUAACAAGAAGCUUUUACGUCGUGGCGGAGCGCAGUUUCUUGACACAUCAUCGAUAACAACAGCCAACAGCAGCAAUCGUUCGAGCACGCUGAGCGUUGGUGGGAGCUUGUGCUCGUGGGAUCCGGUAAUUGAAGAAGCCAUUAACAUUCCGUUGGAAAACCGAGAUAUGGCCGUCAUUGAAGAGGUUGAAGAGGAGGAACGCCUUGCAUCUCUUGCAAAAAACGAUAGUCAUACUGACUUUGACUUGAUGAGUGAGGUCGAGUCUUCCGCGACCGAGCUUGAGAGCAUCGAGAGGUCGGUGGUCAAAGUGAGCUUCGAACCAGACAUCAAGGCUAUGGAAGAGAACAUCCAUUUGGCUGUUUCGCGCCGAAGUAGUUGUUCAAGCCUGGGAAGUGGGUACGAUGUGGUCUUCGCCACGCAUGGGUCCUUGUUCAAUGUAGCAGAGCGAAAGUGGGAGUUUAUGGCAUUAUCGCAGUCGUCGCUAGGGAGCUUAUAA